ACUCCCACCAGCAAGGGAGGUGUGUUCCCCUUUCUCUCCAUCUUCUCCAGCAUAUGUUGUCACUUGAGUUUUUGAUCUUAGCCAUUCUCAUGGGUGUAAGGUGAAAUUUCAGGGUCGUUUUGAUUUGCAUUUCCAUGAUGACUAAGCAAGGGGCUUUUAAAGGCAAAACUACAUCCUCUUUUCUUGCUUGGCAGCUUCAGGGGUAGGUUUUGCAAAAGCAGGCAGUUUACAGAGGCCAAGAUAAAUUAGCUGGGACAUCUUGACCUUGGUGUUCUAAAAUAGGGUUGAGUAAUUCUCCACAGGACGUUCCAUCAAAGAGAUAAAAUUCUACUUAAACCUAAAAUGACCUCAGCAAGAAUACAAGACAGAGGCACCUGUGCACUCCCUUCCCCUCAGGGGUUUUCUCACACCUGCUUCUGCACCUCUAAAUCAGGGCAGAGUUGUUCUUUUAGGGCUCAAAUGAUGAGACCGAGUCACCUAGAUAAAGCAUGAAGAUCUCUGCGCUGUAAGGUCUGUAAUACAGUACUAAUGCUUGGAUAUAUGCCUAGGAGUGGUGUAGCCCUUUGGCCUUGUAAGGAACUAAGUCACAGCUUCCAAGUGUAUGGCCAUUUGUGAUAUGCCACCGUGUUCAUUAUGCUUGGGAAUGAACACACUGUAGUCCAGGCUGGCCUCAGCUGUCCCAGCCCUUGAGUGCCUGGAUCCUAGGCAUGCCCGUGAUGCUCUGUUUCUGUCUGCCCUAUUUUUCAUGUCAAGCUAUAGCCAUUUAAUCACUGUUGCUUUCCCGUAUAAAAUGAACUCACGGAAUGGUAACCAGCCUGUUCAAAGAAUACAGUAGAAUUUAUUGUGUAGAAAUGUAAUCAUUUACUUCCCACUGACACUGUUAACACAUACAUGGCUAUCUGAACUGGUCAGGAGAAGAGGCAAAAUCCGCUUCGUGUAGAGCUGCCCUUCAUUAUCUUGGGAUUGGCAGCAGCACGCUCGACAGAGACCAAGUCAGCGAUGCUCAAAUCCCGGAAAGAAAAUGCCCUAGUAUUCCCACCCAGUGUGCUCUCACCUCACAUACUCGGAGCCGUCCGUGAGCCGCGAUGUCACAUACAUGCUGUGGAGCCAGGGUAACGAGAAGUCUGUGUCCAGCACAUCCGCACAGCUCAGGUUUCUAUUGCAACGUGGGGAGGAAAGGCUCCAUUUCCUCACACCUCAGCGUGGAAACUCAGGCAGGGCGUGCAGGAGUGUUUUCUUUUACUCCAGAGGAAGGAACUGAGUCGGUGUGGUGCACAGCACGGGGGAGUCCCAGCACGAGGGAGGCACAGGCGGACUGGCCGGGUGUGUACCGCGAGCUCCAGGACAGCCCGGGCUACACAGCGGAGAAACGGCCGUGCCCGCCUCCUGACCGCGUCCUCCGUUUCAGGUAUGUCCCGGAGUCAGCUCGACCAGGAGAAGGCGGCUCUGGAUUCCUUUGUCUGGGUGAAUGAGGUCACUGGAGAGGUCACCGUCCCCGCGGGGGAGGAGAGCAGGGCGGCGGAGAAGCGGCGGCGGCCGGAGGCUGCGGGCCCGGAGCCGGGGCAGCGCCCCCCGGGAGCGUGCCCGCCGCGCGCCGCGCCCGCCAGCCCGCCCCCGCCCUGGGCGCUGCCCUGCCGGCUGCGGAACGUCCUGACCCGAAACAACCGCUUUUCCUUCUGAGCGCGGCCUCCGGGCGGGAGCGCGCGCCUGCCCGCCAAUACACGUUUGUGAGGUUUUUCCAGACUGCCCGCGGCCUCCUUUACCUCCUCAGCCGCCCUCCACGGCGAGGGCGGGCGCCGCAGCGCGGGCCACUCGGGCAGGCGUGGGUGGCAUUCGCGGAGGGGCGCAGGGCGGCGGCCUCAGGCUCACGACACGCCUGCUGUCUUCCGCUCACGCUAGGACAGGCCCAACUCGGCUCCUUCAGAGGUGGUCACCUCGGGGUCUUUCACCAUUUGCACCGUGUAGACCAGCCCACAAGCCCCUGCCUCCCAAGUGUGAGGUUCCCAGUUAUUUUACAAGUGCUUUAAUUUAAUGUGCAUGGGUGUUUUGUUUUCAUACAUACAUACAUACAUACAUAUAUAUAUAUAUAUAUAUAUAUAUAUAUAUAUAUAUAUAUAUGCAUACGCACACACAAACGAACCACAUCUGUGCCUGGUACUCACCAAGGUAAGAAGACUGGAGUUAGAGCUCUAAGCAGCCACGCUGAAUGGA